CGCGCGAGAGCGCCGCUCGGCACUCAGUGCGCAGGUGCGAAGGAGCUGGCUGGGGCCCGGGCCGGGGGCGGGCUUGAAGACGCGUCGUUUGGUGUUGGAAACUGUGGCACAGCUAUCUGGGUUCGACCUUUGGGCGGAGAGCGUUUGUCAGGGGCCCAUCCGAGAACGAAGCUUGUGAGAUUCCCGAUGGUGUCCAUGACUUUCAAACGGAGCCGCAGCGACCGGUUCUACAGCACCCGGUGCUGCGGCUGUUGCCAUGUCCGCACCGGGACGAUCAUUCUGGGGACCUGGUACAUGGUGAUAAACCUAUUGAUGGCAAUUUUGCUGACUGUGGAAGUAACUCAUCCAAACUCAAUGCCAGCUGUCAACAUUCAGUAUGAAGUCAUUGGCAAUUACUAUUCAUCUGAGAGAAUGGCUGAUAAUGCCUGUGUUCUUUUUGCCGUCUCUGUUCUUAUGUUUAUAAUCAGUUCAAUGCUGGUAUAUGGAGCAAUUUCUUAUCAAGUGGGUUGGCUGAUUCCAUUCUUCUGUUACCGGCUUUUUGACUUCGUUCUCAGUUGCCUGGUUGCUAUCAGUUCUCUUACUUACUUGCCAAGAAUCAAGGAGUAUCUGGAUCAAUUACCUGAUUUUCCCUACAAAGAUGACCUCCUGGCAUUGGACUCCAGCUGCCUUCUCUUCAUUGUUCUUGUGUUCUUUGCCUUAUUCAUCAUUUUUAAGGCAUAUCUAAUCAACUGCGUUUGGAACUGCUACAAGUUUAUCAACAACAGAAACCUGCCAGAGAUCGCCGUGUACCCUGCCUUUGAAGCACCUCCGCAGUAUGUUUUGCCAACCUAUGAAAUGGCCGUGAAGAUGCCUGAGAAAGAGCCACCGCCUCCUUACAUACCUGCCUGAAGAAAUUCUGCCUUUGUCAAUAAACCCUAUACCAGCUUUUUGUCUUGUUUAUUUUACAGAAUGCUGCAAUACAGGGCUCUUCAAACUUGUUUGAUAUAAAAUACAUUUUCCUUUGUUUAAGCAUUUAUUUUCAAACACUAACAAGCCUUUUGGACAUCUAUUCAAAGUCUUUUUUUUUUUUUUUGUUAAGUCUAUACAUUUUAAUAGUAUUUGGAGACAAUCUAGGUUAAGCAAGAGCAAAGUGCCAUUGUUUGCCUUUAAUGGGGGGGUGGGGAGGAGGGGGUAUUCUCUACACAUUUUCUUUUUUAACUUUGCACUUUCUUUAUAUAAUAGUUUGCAUUUUGGCUAUUUGCUGCCCUGGAUACUUUCAGGAAGAAUGACUUAAAUAUUCAGGGUGAAUGAGUUGGUUAUAAGAUCUGAAGUUCUCAGCUAUGAAAACAGGAACAAUACAUAACAUUUUAACUUUUGACUGUGGAAGAUGACGGUUGCAUGUUUCUAAUUUGUAUGUGUUUUCCAUCUUUGUGAUAAGAUGCUUUAAUAAAUCUCUUAAAUAUUUA